AUGCACACCCACAACGCCCCCUCCUCCACAGCAGCGCGCUUCGACCCCACCACCAUCCCUUCGACCACCUCCCUCACCAUAACGCUCCACUACUCGCACCCUCCCCCCUGCCCCACCUCUCCCACCACCACCCCACCCCCCCUCCCCCCCAACCUCACCCACCCCACCCCACACGACACCACCCCCGCCCUCCACCGCGCCCUAACCUACUCCACCCGCCACCGCCUCCACUACACCACCCAUCUCCUCAACAGCGGGUCCCCCGCCUCCGCCCGCGACCCCCAACUCAACACCCCCCUCCACAUCCUCGCCGCGCGCACCCCCUGCGCCGUAAACACAUGCAUCGUGCGCCUGCUGCUGCAGCCUCAAUAUGGCGCCGACCACGACGCGCUCAACGCCGCGGGCUACACGCCGCUGCACGUCGCCGUGAAGCGCGGCAACGAGGAUGUAGCGCGGGCGCUGCUCGUCGGCGGCGCGGGAGUGGAUGUGCGGUGUGGAUGCGGGGGUGGGACGGCGCUACAUAUUGCGGCGCGGCGGGGGUGGGAGAGUGGUGUUGCGUUAUUGUUGGCGGCGGGGGCGAGUGUGGGGGUGCAGGAUAGGAUGGGGGCGACGCCGCUGCAUGUGGCGGGGAGGAUGGGGGAUGCGGGUGUCGGGGUGGCGAGGUUGUUGAUGGGUGCGGGGGCGGAUGUGAAUGUGCAGGAUGGGGAGGGAAGGAGUGUGGUGCAUGUGAUGGCUAUGGCGGGGAGCGUAGAGGGCGUGAGGAUGUGUUUAGAGAGGGAGGCGGAUCUGGAGGUGAGGGAUGUCGGGGGAAGGACGGCGGGGAUGGUGGAUUGGAGGUUUGCGGUGGAUACAGUGAGGUUUGAGGAGAGGAGGAGGAGGAUGGGGGUGACGGUGGGGGUGAGGGCGGCGGGUGCUAGUGGUGAGGAGAGAGAGGGGAAGGCGUUGUUGAAGCCGGCUUCGUGUUAG